CAUUGGGAACUUUUCAUGUCAAUGACCUCAGACUUUCUAUAUAAUUAUAAAUAUAUAAAACUAGUAAUUUCAUCCUGUUUCACCUGACAACCUGUAUGCCCAAUACCCUUGACCGUGAGAACUUUAGCAUAGGUAUUGUAGCUGGCUGGCUAAAUAAAAAAAAACUUUUGUGAGGAACCAUAGAUGCAAAAGUUUUUAAUGAGUGCAGUGUGUUUCUGCUUUGAAGAAGGAUUUAUCUGUUAUUUUAAUAUCACUUAAUUUAUGCACAUGUUGAAAGUGUGGCCUAAUAUAGUUCUGAUUUGAUUUAAAUAUUAAUGCAAGCAGCGGUGAUUCAGACAAAGACCUGUCCAGACCUGGUUCAGGUCUAAGCCCUGGCAUGGGUCGUAUCACAGGGUCGGCCAGUAUAGAGACAUUAGUGAGGGUCGGGAUUGAGAAGGAGCAUGGCCUCAGUCCUGACUCCAAGAUGGUGGUGUUGCAUGACUUCGCACCAUGUGUUGAUGAUGAAUUAGAGGUAAAACGCGGACAGAUAGUGAACGUACUAUACCGGGAGAACGACUGGGUGUACGUCAUAGUGGCGGAGUCCCGUCGCGAGGGGUUCAUACCGCACUCGUACUGUGCGCCCUGCGAACAUCAUGAUCUGAAGAAGAAGCUGCCCCGUAGCCGGUCUCCUACUGAUUUAGCGCAUCGGGAUGUAUCACAAUUAUCAGUCUCCGACGGCGUAACGAACGACGGUCACUCGGAGCUCGGCAGCGAGGGUGAGGCGUGUCCCUUCAGCAAGGACCCCUCCGGGAGAUAUGUGGUGCUGUACACCUUCACAGCAAGAGACGAGAAUGAUGUCGAUGUAGAACGCGGCGAGUUUGUCACUGUGCUGAACAGAGAGGAUCCUGACUGGUACUGGAUAGUCCGCAGCGACGGGCAGGAGGGUUUCAUUCCAUCAGGAUUUGUCUAUCCCGCUGUAGUUCAAGCGACACAACAAGACAACACGCAGCCCAUCCUCCCGCCGGUGACCAACAACAACACGAUGAACAACAAGCUGAACGCGCAGCCGCAGGACAGCGACGGUCGGUACCACGGGACGGAACUAGUCAUGCUCUAUGAUUAUAAGGCGCAGGCGCCGGACGACCUGUCGGUGAAGCGCGGCGAGUGGGUGUACGCGGACCUGACGCAGCAGACCGUGGAGGGCUGGCUGUGGGCGCACGCGCCCAAGUCGCGCCGCUCCGGGUUCAUACCCACCGCCUACGCACGGGCCCCGCACACUACUGCCCUCUAGCGGGGCCACACUCACACCUCACCCUACAGUCUACUGACAACGUUUUAACGUCAAAUGUAUGGAAAUGUCAUGACUAGCAACUGUCAUUUUCAUUACAUUCGAGGUUUUCUAUUGAAGAAAACAAGAGUAGAAAUGCUAGUUAGAGGGUUGAGUUUUCUGUGUGUCGCCUUUGUCCAGUAUUGGCCCACGUUAGGUACCUGUGGAGUAUCUACUGCCUAUUACAUGUUAAUUUGUCUUUGCAUUUAAUAGGUAGUAGAAACUCACCGGU